AUCUAGGUAAAAUACCUUUGAACGAAUAUUCUUGUGCGCCAACCUUGAAUCUUUUCUCCAUGGAAAUGACGGACGGCAAUGUCGCACGCGCGGCUCGCGGCUAUACAUUUUUAGGUUGGAAAUCCCCCGGAAAUGUUAUUUUACAGGCAUAAUAACAAAUUUUCUUUUCUACUUUAACGCAAUCUUUUCUUUAAAAUGACGAACUGUUUUGCCUCUCACGUGAGUUAUAUUAGCUGUGCCUGUAAUCGUGUUCCACAUUCAGCAGAUUAUGGAAAAAACGGACUUUUGUGUUACGGUGCUUCUAAUGCGGUACAAAUUUAUGAUCUCCGAACGGUGAAUAAUGCAAAAGUUUUACAGACUCUUUACCAUCACAGUGAUAGAGUCAACGUUGUACGAUGGAUUAAAUCAAGCCUCACAAAUUUUGAAACAGAACUCAUUUCUGCAUCAUCUGACGGUACUGCCAUCAUUUGGAGUAAAGUAGAAAGUUAUUACAAAGUAACAUCCAUUAUCAAUAUAAACGAUCCUCUUUCUGUUUGUUAUGCUAUUUACACAUCUGAGAACUCGAAGUCUAAUCUUCUUAUUUGUACUGGAUCAAUAAACGGUGAUUUCAGACUUUGGAAAAGAGAUACUAGUAAAGAAGCUCUUUUAUUCCAAACACUUUCCUUUGUACAAAAACUACCAAUCCAGGCUUGUAUAUCUUUUCUACCGCAGAGCAACAAUCCUCUUUUAAUAGUUGCUUUUGAUGAUUCCACGAUUCAAUUAUUUUCCCAAAAUUCGGCGGAUAGUAGUUUUGUCAAAAUGAAGGUUUUAAUCGGACAUGAAGAUUGGAUUACAUGUAUGGACAUCAUUCAAGAUGAUAACGGUAACUGUUUUUUAGCAAGUGGAUCUCAAGAUAGUUUAAUACGCUUGUGGAAGUUCAUGGUGAAAAGGAAAAACACUGCGGUUAAUGACAUUAAAUCAAAAACAGAAAAUUUCAAAGUAAAUGAAGAGUACGAAGUGGUUUUAGAGUCAAUUCUUAGCGGGCAUGAAGGCUGGGUUUAUGGUGUGAAUUGGCAUCCUUUGAUUGAAAACGACGGAAAAUGGACACAACCCAUGAAACUCUUAUCUUGUUCUUUGGAUAAAAGCAUGGUUGUCUGGGAAUUAAGCAAAGAUAAUGGGGUUUGGAUGGAAUCCGUUCGCGUUGGAGAAGUUGGUGGCAAUUCUUUGGGAUUUUAUGGAUGCAAAUUCGGACCUGCAGGUCAUACGAUUUUAGCUCAUGGUUAUCAAGGGACGUUUCACAUUUGGAGGUAUUUGAAGGAUUCGACAAAUUGGGACCCUAUUCCUGCACCUAGUGGACAUUUCGGUGGAGUCGUAGAUUUGUGCUGGGAUCCAAAAGGAAGAUACCAAGAUGUAUACAAAUCGAAAAGCUUUGUCAGAGUCAAAUCAGGAGGUUUGGUGGUGUUGAUAUCCCACGCCUUUCAGAUGCACUUGGGUUGGAAAUUGCGGAUUUUAUGGCUCUGUGCAGUGGAAUAA